GUACUCGAGUGGACAUUCGCCAUGCGCAUGCCAUACAAGCGAUCGUGCAGUCACACACUGGUGCCAGCGCUCUGUGUACAUCGCUCUUAAUCACCGAACCAAAGAAAGGGUGACAAUUAUAUAGGUCAUACAACCAGAGUCUCUAUUCAUUACCGGAUUAUCCAUGUGCAGUGAUUCUUUCCCCUUUUUUUCCAAGAACUUACUUUCUAAUCAAGUUGGGUUAGCAUCGCAUCCAAUGCAUGCAAUGUGACCUAUUGUAGGUGACGAAUGAGAUGGAUUGCUCAAUUCUGACAUGUCUGAGGGCUCUUAUUUACGUUUGACUGAAAAUUGUGUUUCAGAAACUGUACAGGCAGAACUGUGAUUGAACAACAAAAGGAAAAGAGUUUAAACAUUGUAUAUAUCAUCUUCUCCAACCGAUGAAAGUUUUCUGUAGCUGAAGAUUUAUUACAAGAAGAAUUCUGAGCAGAAGCAGAUCAUAUCUCCCUCAGUCAUCAUGGGGUAUUGCUCUGUCAGCGACUUCUACGCCGGCAAGACCCUGAUGAUCACCGGCGCCACUGGUUUCAUCGGCAAGGUGAUGUUGGAGAAACUCCUCCGGUGCUGCCCGGACAUCAGAAGAGUCUUCCUUCUCGUCAGACCAAAAUCAGGCAUAAAGGCGUCCGCCCGUAUUGAAGAAAUCACUUCCGGAAUAUUGUUUGACAAAGUCCGGGAGGCACAGCCAGGCUUCCAGUCAAAACUUAUCCCCAUUGAGAGCGACCUGAUGGACUCCGACCUAGGGUUAAAAGAAGAAGACAUCAGAACACUUCAGCAGGAGACAGAGCUUGUGUUUCACAUGGCAGCCACCGUUAGAUUUGAUGAAAAGCUAUCACAUUCCCUCCACUUGAACGUACAAGCCACAAGAAAAAUCCUGGAACUGAGCCGAGGCAUGAAGAAAUUACUGGUGUUUCAACAUGUAUCAACAGCGUACGCUUACUGCGACAGAAAAAAGAUAGAGGAAGUUUUUUACCCUCCUCCUGUCGACCCAUACAAGAUCUUGGAUGCUGUAGGAUGGAUGUCGGAAGAUAUAAUCCAGGAAUUAACCCCCAUGCUCCUGGGUAAGAGACCAAACACAUACACCUUCACGAAGGCUCUAGCAGAGUAUGUCGUUAAAGAAGAGGGUAAGGGGUUGCCAAUUUGCAUCACGAGACCGUCCAUCGUCGGAGCAUCAUGGAAAGAACCUUUCCCUGGAUGGGUAGAUAAUUUCAACGGCCCUAGUGGACUCUUUAUUGCUGUGGGCAAAGGCUUGUUGAGGAUGAUGAUCGGCAACGAGGAAGCCAUCGUGGAUUUUUCUCCUGUUGAUUUUGUAGUGAAUGCGAUAAUAGGUGCAACAUGGCAUACAGGUAUCUAUAAACCUGCUACCAUUCCCAUCUACAACCUGGUCUCCAGUCCUACCAAUCCUCACUUAUUAGGAGACCAGACGAAAGUCGUUUCACAACUGUACAACAGAACACCCUUGGAAAAUGUCUUCAGACGGCCAAAAUGUGGUUUCACCAAAUUUUGGCUUGCCUUUGAGUAUUACAAUAUGAUUGAAGCAAAGAUCCCAGCGUUAACUAUGGACUUUGUUAGAUGGUUACAAGGCAAGAAACCCAUUAUGGUCAAGUUAAAUCACAAAAUCAAGAACAUGGUCUACACGCUGAAAUACUUCACAAACAACCAAUGGGAGUGGACCAAUGGGAACACAGCAAUCCUCUCAGCCGCUAUGAGCGAGGAAGACAGGAAGGUAUACUUCACCGAUAUAAGACCGCUUCAUUGGCCGUCAUACAUAGAGACCUUCUGCCUCGGUACAAAGAGAUUCGUUCUCAAUGAAGACAUGAACGACCUCCCAGCGGCACUCAGUCGUAUCAGAAUGUUUCGCAACAUCCGAUGGACGUUCAACUCCGUACUCAUCCUCAUCGUCUGGCGCAUCCUCAUCAACCGAUCACAACUCGCCCGUAACAUCUGGGCCUUCGUCAUGAAGAUAUUCUUCGGUUUUCUACGCUAUGGUCGAGUGACGAGCACCGUUCCUAAUACUCACCGGUGACCGUCAUGCCUUUUCCUUUGGUUUUUUUCUGUGGCGUUCCAUGCAAUUACGUUACAUCUCAGAUUGACAUUUAAGGAGAAUAUCACCCUGACGAAAGGUUUGUAAUGAAAACACUAGGAAAAAAAUGUUGGUGAAGGUUGAGGAGAUUCCAUCAA